ACACUCACGAGUACUCAUGCCCAAGCCCGAGUACUCUGUCCAGCAUCCACAUCGGGGAAUCAACAUAAAUGGGUGGCUCCGCGGACGGUGUUCCAGCAGUCGCGCUUGGGCGGUCCGAGUGAGCAGUAACGGAUCUUCUGCAGAAAUCAGUGCAUAGAUACAGUAUCUGAAGGAUCAAAGUGUUGAAAAUCAAUUAAAAGAUGGACGAGGCUUCUGGCACGACGACAACCGAUGGCAAGUCCCUGGAUGAGGCGCCGGUGGCCGCAGGACUGGAGCCCACACAGCCGAUCGGCUUCCUGCAGCUCUUCUGCUUCUCCACCUGCGGGGAGAUCGCGUGGCUCUUCUUUGGGUUCCUCAUGUGCUGCGUCAAGGCGUUGACCCUGCCCGCAGUGGUCAUCAUUUACAGCGAGUUCACAGCACCCUCUCCGCUGCCACGAACAUCACCACGCUGUCGUUUCCCUUCACGAUGGCCAACAGCAGCGGCGGCGGGUACACCAUUCCCACGGGGACCCUGAGCAUCCUUCCCAUCGCGGCGAACGCCCAGCUGCCGACCAUCACGACAACGGCCAGUGGCUACGAGCCCAAUGACGUCAUCACCACGAUCCCCGUCUCGCUCUCCAUUCAGCGCGUCCCCUCGUCCCUGUCCAUCGUGGAC